CCAUGGAGGGAGUCGGCGCGCUGCUGGCCGGCUGCCCGAGCGCCGGCCUGGCGGGGGGCCUGGGGGUGACCGUCUGCGCCGCCGCCGGGGGAGUGCUGCUGUACAGGAUCGUGCGGAGGAAGAAACCCACACACAUGACUGUGAACUGUUGGUUCUGCAACCAAGACACGAUUGUGCCCUAUGGGAACCGCAAUUGUUGGGACUGCCCCAACUGUGAACAGUACAAUGGCUUCCAGGAGAACGGGGAUUACAACAAGCCCAUCCCGGCUCAGUACCUGGAGCACCUGAACCACGUCGUCUCCAGGGCCAGUGCCUUCUACGACCCGGCCAAGCCACAACAGUGGGUCAGCAGCCAAGUCCUUUUGUGCAAGAAGUGCAACAACCACCAGACCACGAAGAUCAAGCAGCUGGCCGCCUUCACCCCCCGGGAGGAGGGCAAAUACGACGACGAAAUCGAGGUGUACAGGCACCACCUCGAGCAGACCUACAAGCUGUGCCGCCCGUGCCAAGCCGCGGUGGAGUGCUACAUCAAGCACCAGAACCGCCAGCUCCGGGCGCUGCUCCUGCGGCACCACUUCAGCCACCGGAAGGCGGAGAAGGGCUGCAUGCAGAGCCUUUACGCCACAGUGUCGGCGUCCGCCACCACGCCAGUCCAGGUCAUCGCGCUGCGCGUCUUGGCCUUCCUCAGCUGCGCCGUCCUCGUGGCCGUGGCCUUGUACGGGUCGGACAACCCGUUCUCCCCCAGGCACACAGCCCCUCCGGCUCCAUCGAGCCCCCCGCCGGCGAAAAAUGGCACCCGGGAGAGACCUGCUGCAGCCACCGACAACGGCACCCUUGACCUCUUCGGCUGGCAGGAGGUGGUCCGGUUGAUGCCCGAGCAAACCGUGGAGACGCUGGGAGCCGCCUGGUCGUACGCGAAGGGCCACCAAACAGCAGUGGUCGUCCUCGGGCUUCUGACCUGCUUUCUCGCCAUGCUGCUGGCGGGACGGAUCAGGCUCCGCCGGAUCGACACCUUUGCCUCCAUCCUGUGGCUGGUCGUGAUGAGCUGCCACGUGCUGGAGAACUACCUGCAGGCGGACUCCCCCGGCUGGCUGGACACCGCCAAGUUCGGCACCACUUCCUUGUGCUGCCUGGUGGCCUUCGCAGCGGCCGUGGCUACGCGGAAACCGACCGGCCAGCGGAGACCCCGGCCCCGAAGGUCAGAGCCUGAACGCUGACUGUGGGGGGGCAGAUACGCUGGAAGCAGCUCACGCCUUCCCAUUCACGACCGCGGCUGGGGCUUCUCUUUUUCCUUCCCCACCACCACCACCACCACCACCUCUUUGGGUUCGUUUUGUCGCCCCCCUCGCUUUCCCCCACACUUUCUGUGUCUUUCAGGGACUGUGAAGACCCCUCUUUGCGCCUUCUCCCCUCUCCCUGUACCACACGCUGCAAACAAACCCCCCCACGGCCUUCUCAGUCCGCCUUCAUUCUCGUCAACACUAAACCGCCUCUUUCUCCCCCAAAUUGCUCUCAACUGACCAAUCUCUAAUCCAUGUCAUCCAUCCUCCUUUUGCUCCCCGUGGGCUGAAAGAUUAAAUCUGGAGGUCCCCUUUUUCUCGCUUUCAGGUUUUGCACGGUGUAUGCAUUUGUGGUUUGGGCGGCUCAUGCCUGGAAUGAUGGGUUGUUCUUGGAACACGAGUUCAGUGUUGUCUAGCCCAGCUGAGAUAACAAACCAGGGUGAGCCACCCCCCAGUUCACAAUCCAGCAACAAACCACGGGUUGGCUGUCUGGGUUGUUCGUUGUUAGCAAGCCAUGGGUUCAGACAACACAAUAACCUGUGUUUCAACAACAGCUCACGCUCAACCCCUGAGCCUGGGCUAUCCUGUCUUCUGAACCCAGUCUGUAUCUCACGAGCUGUGUAACAAGCAUUAUCAUAGGACACAAUUCUAUGCAUGUUUACACAGGGGGAAAUUCCUACAAUCCCGGCUUUCCCCAGCCGGUCACACCCAACCUUUGCAGCAAAGCGUGAGUUAAUUUGCAACCGGGUUCCGUACUGCAGCUUCCCUCAAAGUAUCCCAUAACCUGUGUGUUUUACUAUUUAUUUUUUCUUUUUGCAAGUGGUUGGAAGUGUCGCUGGCGGGCCACAUAGGCUGGGUGGGACCACGCUGCCUGGUGUUCCUUGCUCGGUUGGGAGCCAGCAUCACUGAAACAGGAUCGAGACAGGUGUAAAGGGAUAAGCGUAGGCCUGCUCUGGGUGGUUCUUUCCGUGGCGUUUCCCGUUUUUAAGGUUUGCGGUGGAUUUUUUGUGCGUCUGCUUGGAGUGUUCGCUUUUUAUUCAGGCAUGUAUUUUUGGAGUCACGUCAUUGUUAUAACAACAUUAUUAAGUUCAGGGCGGAGUUGGUGGGGGGUAAUUUUUCCUAACGGUCGUCCUGGCUUAUGCUCGAUUAACACCGUUCUGCUGCUUGUCUAUCCUAUAAAGAUAAUGGCUCAGUUCAGACAUCACAGCCCACACUCAAGGGUGGGGUAUUGGUUGAGUGUGGUUUUUUGUUGGACUGUGAAUUGAUUCCUACCCUGCCCUUUUCCCUCUUUUGGGGAAUGCGAGGCAGUCCGUUUUGUCUUUAGAACAGCCUCGUAGGUGAAGCUGAGUGUCAGUGACUGCCCUAAAGUGAUCCAGACUCAAACCCGGAUCUCUUGAGUUCCAGUCCAGUGCUCUAACCACUACUGCAUGCUGCCUUUCAAGAGCUGAGUUCUUUUUGAAACAUGAGUGAUCGUGUUGUCCAGAACCAGCCAAGAUAUCAACCAUAAUGAACAACUCACAAUGUGGCUAUUUGUCUUUAACAAGCCAUGGUUUGUUGCCACUGCUGAGUUCUGACAGCAUGAUAACCCAUAGGUCAAUAACCACUCACACUCAACCCUUAUUGUCUUGUCUGAACCCAGUCAGUGUCUGAAAGCAGGGGUAAAUGGGAGAUGUUUGGUGUCUCCAUUUUUUGAUAUUUGGUAGAUUUUCUAAAAGCAAAAUAUUACUCAUAUUCUUAUUUUAUUGGUAGUCAUCGGUAUUCUAUUUAUUUAUUUAAUUUCCAUGCACCCAACUGCCAAACUUCUCCAGGCAGUUCACAGCAAUCCACAGUAAUAAGAUAACGGUAAUAAAAUACAGCAUAAAACACAAAUACGAUAAACAAGGUGUGAAUUUCAGUAUAUGAAAUUUUAAACCAUUUAAACAGCCAAAACAAUUUCGGGGGGGGGGGGGAACGUAGACCAUCAUAUGCUGUUAAAAACCUGGGAGUAGAGAGUGGUCUUAACCUGGUACCAAAAGGAUGGCUGGUGCCAGGAGGGCCUCAGUGGGGAAAUGAUUCUAUAAUCGGGGCCACCACUGAGGAGCUCCUGUCCUUUGUCGCCAUCCUCCAAACCUCCCUCUGAAGUGGGCACUCAGAAGAAAACCAUCAUGCUCAGAUGCACAUGCGCCUUCUUUGAGCGCAUGGUCCAUUUGAAAUGAAUCGGUAAAGCCAUAAAACAAAAGACUGCUAAGAAAACAAUUACAAACGUUGAUGACACUAUCCUAUACAUGUUUUAGAAAGAAAACAAUUCGUCAGUGCCCCUGUACCUAGUCAGUUUCACCGGUGGCCUGAUGCGUCCUUUCUUUGGACCUCCCUCGGAAAUAGUCUUAGAAAUGUACAUGCAUCAGAGGAGAAAGCCCCUUUUUGAAGACACCCAAAGUCAAGUCUUUAUGGUAUGCAUUAGUCACGAGGAAGCGCAAGCGACGUGCGCGUCUUGUGUACGGCUUUUCCGAACUGUGCAAUGUACAGUUUAGAUUUCUCCAAUAUUUAAGUCUCCGUCCUUCUUUGGGCCAUUGGCCUGGUAUGCAGAGAAUGCGAACGGCCAUUGCUGGGCAGCUGAAUCCUAGGUUGUUGUGAUGUGGGACUUCAGCCCUGCUGCCCAGCCGUGGUUUGUUAGCCACAACCAAUCCUGAAAGCUAGCUCAGGGUUUCCUAUUGGCGUCUAAACUCUGGGUGGUUUAAACUGUGGCUUAUUGUGCCAUGGAAACCCGGAACUGUUCGUUCCUGGGUUGUUCCAGGAAGCUAAAGAGACAGUGACAGGAGUGGUUAAAACAACAACAACCAGUCCGUGCCAGUUCUACAGGACUGGAAAGGCAUUUGAGGGAGGGACAGGGCAAACGAACAGCUGAAGUAGAGGCGAAAUAAACAAGUCAGGGACUGAGAAAGUAAACCUCGCAUGACUAUCUGCAGGACAAAUCCCAGGCACAACUGUCAAUCCUAGGUUAAAUAAACCAUGGGUUAAUGUUGCAUGAGAACCAGGCCAUUGUUUUGCCUCUGGGGUGAGAAAUGGCGGGUCCUGUCUCAUAUGGUUGCGGGUGGGGAUUAGCCCAGGCCGUUCCUACAUGUUGCGGGCUGCCCCCCUUCCAGAAACAUGGCGGGGGAGCUGCAGAUUGCAUUUCUUCAGCAUGGAGUUUCUUAAGCUGCAUGUAAGCUGGGUGGGGAAUAUGCCACAUGGGGGAACAGCCUGAGCAGGGAAGACAAUCAGUUGGACCGGCUGGUUUGCACCCUACUGAAAAGGCACAGAAAGAAACGGAUUUGCCGGGAACUUGUCUCCUCUGGAUCCCAGUGUGUUUCCCUUACUGUCAAGAGGGGCUCUGAGGGUUCUCCACCCUCUUUUUCCUUGCGUGUGUUUGUGUCGCUAUUCCGUUCUCCCUUUAAAUCUUUCCCCGUUUCCCUUCCUUUCUCCAACACCCCCUUCCAACAACAUCUCGAUCUGUUUCUAAUCGCGUGUGCAUCUCAGUGGACAAGAACGAGUGCUUCCAACAGACACCCCUUCGCUUUUUUAAAAUGCUGUUUUCACUUUAAUUUUUAACAAUAUGCUUUGUACCCCCUCCCAAUUUGCAGUGAGUUGAAGGAUGCGGAUUUGAUUUAACUCUUGUUGUUGUGUGUUGCUGCUGUUAUUGUUGUCGUAUUUAUUACAUUUCUAUACUGCCCUUAACCAAAACUAACUGGGCAGUUCACAUAUGAUUAGUCAAUGCACAUAUAUGUAACCAAACUGGGAUUAUUUAUUCUCAAAUAUUAUGAUAUUUAAAUGAAAUAGAUAGCUCUGUUACUUCCAAAAUCUUUUAAGUUGCACACAUUAAAAGGUGGGGCUGUAGAAAUAGGAUGCCCAACCGUUUAAAAUUGCUUGUAUAUCCAACUCAGAGCAAGUAAAAACCGUGGUUUGUUCACCAUAAAGAACCCUUGAAGAGAAACCAUCGUUCGUUGUUGGGUUUGUGAACUGUAUGCCGUUUGGCGCUAACAAACCAUGGCUUGUUGGUGCGGCUGGGUUCUGACAGCACGGUAGCCCACGAUUCAGCCACAACCGCCAUUCACCCCUCGCAUUGUCUGAGCCUCUUCUGUGUGUGGUUUCUCUUUCAGUAAUUCCCUUGAAGGGGAAACAGGAAGCUCCAGUUGGCGCCGGCUGUCAGAAUAUUUCUUACGGCUCCACACAUGCUUCACAACAAGCCGUGGUUUGUGACCCAGACCACGCUUCACGCUCCCAGACAGACAGAUGAGGUGGUUUAGAACUGCUUGCCAGCGUUCCUUUUCCAUCUUCCUGCUGCGCUGCUUCAUGUGUCCAUACACUACUCUUUCUUUCAUCUCUGUGGCAUGGCAGCCUCUGCACCCAAAAAUGAUCCCCGAUCUGACUGAUCCGGGGGCAGGGAAGAAGCUUUUGCAAGAGGGUGAGCCAUUGGCGUCGGCCGCGGUUUUCGGUAACGGCAGUGAUCAGCGCUUGUCUUGGUUGCUGCCAUUUUUCUCCCAGAAUGCUGAGGGGUGUGUGGCAACAACCAGGAGGAAUUCGGUGUUUUGCCCCUGAAACUUCUGUGCGUGUUUUCUCGUUGUUGUGACACGUAACUGCUCUCGUGGAGGGCCCAGGCGGUCAGGACUCCCGUAGUGGAAAGUCCCACAUCCGUGGCAGUUGCUGGCAGCUCACAAAACGUUGUGCUGUGUGUAGAUUUGGUUGCCUGUGGACUGUCUGGGGUUUGGCUCCAUUAUCCACUCAGAUUUGGCAGGCGCCCAUCCAAAUGCGUUUGCGCUCCCGAAAAUUUGCACCUUCUCCAAAAAUGCCAUUUUCCACACUUUAACCUAUGUGGGAAAUUAACAUUUUGGGUCUAAUUUAUGUAUUUGAAUAUGACUAAAAGUGCAUAGCAUUGCCAGACCUGUCCACAGAACCCACAUGACCUGGGAAAAGCCAGUCCACUGCAGAAUCUGCGGGUCAAAUUUGUCGAAAUGUGAAUCCCAUGGAAUAUUGGCGGAUUCUUCCAAUAUCCCAAGCACAGUGACCGCGAUGGACACGGGAGGCUUCCUCUGUGUUGCAGAUAAAUUGGGGACGACCUUCCAGGUGAGGGUAAUCGGAGCUUUUUUCUGUGUGUCGGCUCAUAAAAUGCAUUUUGGUGCUAGCAGGGGAAAGGUGGCCCCUUGAUGAGAACUGCAAAGUUCCCACGCCUUGAUCGGCGGCUGUGGGGGAAGGCUUCUCCCCUGCCCCAGCUUGGCCCAAAUUCUCACUGCCCCUGCAGCAGAAAAGAGUUUGUGGAUUGAAGUGUCUCCCGCCCCCAGUUAACACGUGUGAAUACCAUAGUCCAAUGGAUUGUCUUUAAUUUAUAUUAUUGUGAAUUAUUAUUAUUAUCAUCAUUAUUGUCCUCCAUUUUAAUCUUUCUUUUUUUUUUUUGGAAAAUCUGAUAUUUUAUAUAGCAUACUUGUGCCUCAUUCUGUAGCUGACACACUCCUGUUAUUGUAAACACUAUUUGUGCUGCCAGAUUUUAAAAAUAAAGGCCUCCUUUGCCCUACCUUUUUUUGGAAAGUG